UUAUGUUAUCGAAAUCUCAACAACAAACACAAUCAAAAUCAAUUGAUACUCAAAAUAAUAAUAAUGAUGAUAAUGAUAAUGAUAAUUUUGAUUUAAAACGUAAUGAACAUCGUACAACUGUACCGAUUAGAAAACAAUCAGUGUUUAUUUCACCAUUAACAUCAUCGACAAUAACAAAAACGACAACGGGUAUUCAUCUUGAUCAACAACAACAACGUCAAACCUCAACUUCGGACAUCCAAAAACAGCAACAACAACAACAUAGGCCAACUGAUCAGGAUAUAUCCGAGCAUAUAACAAAAUUAAUACAAGAAAAUAAAGCAAUUGUAGGUGAAUCAAGUCAAUUAUCAUCAUCAUCAUCAUCAACGAUUGGUGAAAGUGUUGUUGGUUUUCAAUCAUCAUCAUCAUCAUUAUCACCAACAAUGGUACCUACCUCUCAUUCACAUAAUCAACGUCGAUCGAUGAAAAAUUCAUCAUCAUCGGCUAGCCGUCAUAAUCAUAAUCAUCAUCAUCAACAACAACAGCCAUAUUUUUCAUUACGACGUCAUUCAUCAUCAUCAUCGUCAUCGUCAUUGACAACAACAACAACAACGGGUGAUCUACAACAAAAAUCAUUACAAUAUUCUCGUUUACAAUCAGCUUUAUUGGGUGAUAAAUGUUUAUCAUUGAAUCAAAAUCAAUCAAUAAAUUUAAAUAAUAAUCAUCAACAACAAUUUCCGUUUCAUCCAUCAUCAUCAUCAUCAUCAUUUGUGACUCAAUUUCGAACAACAGGAACUUCAACAACAAUAGCAACAACAACAACAUCGUCAACGAUAACACAGCCAUGUAUUAUGGCUACAACAUCAACGAUUUUACCCAUUUUUCAUCCAUCAACGAUUAUAAAUGAUCAUCAUAAUGAUGAUUUAAUAAGAAAAUAUUCAUGGUCUCAACAACAACAAUAUUUAGCUAAUAAUAGUUCCAUUAUACCAAUGUUAUCCACAAAUAUUGUUACACCGCAAAUAUCAACAGCGGCUAUGAUUGCAACCAUUCAAUCGCAACAAUUAUCAUCUUCGAUGAAUAAUCGUUCAUCAUCAUCAUCAUCAUCACAUAGUUUAUUUCCAUCAUUAUUUGAACCAUCACAACAUUCCUCAUUACAAUCACAAUCAUCAUCAUCAUCAUUAAAAAUGAAUGGAGGAAUGGCGAUGAUUGGUCGUGAUUUAUCUAAUAAUCAAAAAUCCGUGAUAAUUAAUGCAACUACUGGUACUAUACAACAAAAUUAUCUUAUUGAUACGCAGACAGCAGCAAUCAAUGGUAUCUCUAUGAAUGGUGGAUCAUCAUCAACAUCUGAUUCGAAAAAUUGUUUAGUUAGAAAUUUAUUAUUAAAUUCCAUUGGAAAUAAUCAAAAUUCCAAUGAUAAUAUUAUUAGCCAAACAAAAAAUGGUUCAUCACGAACAUUGAUCUCGAGCAAUAAUGAUAUUAGUCAAUCACCAUCACCAACAUCAAUGAAUAUUGAUCAAAGAUCAAUGAUGGAUUCAACAAUGGGUCAUAAUAAUCGUCAUCAAAAUUCGAACAAUGUUAAUGAUCAAAAAUGUAUAAUUAAAGAUCUUUUGCUCAAAUCAUCAUCUUCAUUGAAUAAGAAUAGCAAUAUUAUUUUGGAACAAACAUCAAAUUCAACAAAGAUAACAUCAACAACAACACCAGUGACAACGAUAACGACUUCGACGACGACAACAUUAGAUAAUAAAUCGGAUUUACAUUUACCACCAAGAAAACGAAGCCGUUGUUCAAUAUCGAACAUACCUGUUGAUAAUCAAUCAUCAACAAAUUAUCAACAACAGCAAUCGAUACAAUCGGAAAUAACUAUACAACCACCGUCACAGCCACCUCAAUCACAACCAUCACAAUUAUCAUUGCAGCAACCAGUUGCUGUAUAUACUUGUCGAUUUUGUCAGGUACCAUUUCGUCAGGAACAGAAUCUUGAAAUUCAUCAAAAAUAUUAUUGCUGUGGUGGUAAUCAAAAUCAAAAUCAUCAUCAACAACAACAACAGCAACAGGUGAUUGUUGUUGAUGAUAAUGAAACUGAGAAAUAUUCGGAAUCAAUUGUAUCGACAUCGACAACAAUGACAAAACCGCAAUUACCACAACGUGAACGUAAAGUAUGUGUUCUGGAACGUCCAUCAAUUAUUAGCUAUACGGCGGCAACAAACCGUCGACAAGAUAAUAACAAUAGUAGUGAUAAUAAUAAAGAUAAAGAUAUGAAUCAAUUUUCAAUUUCAUCAUCAAUAUCAAAAUCGUCAUAUAAUUUUGGAAAUAUUCUCAAAUCUAAAUUACUUUCGGGUUAUAAUUCCGAUGAUAUUUUUGAUGAUAGCGAUUAUGAUGACGAUUAUGAUGAUGAUUCAAAUAGUUCAUCAACAAUAUAUAAAUGUCCAAGACAUCAAAAACAACAAUCAAAUAAUGUUAAUAAUAAUAAUAAUAAUAAUGAAAAACAACAAUCAUCAUCGAUUGGAUUGAAGAAGCGAAAAAUAUCCGAACCAGCAUUUCGUCAUUGGUCAUCAUCAACAUAUUAUGAUUAUGAUUCAAAACGAGAAUCAGCCAUCAAUGAACAUCGUGAUUCAGUUUUGCAACAAUCAAAAACUUGUAAACAACAACAACAACAGCAAGAUCCGUUAAUACCAUUGGAAAUAAUACCCGCUUAUAUGCCAUAUUUGAUGCGACCAUCAACCAAAAUUACUUUAAAAGGUCCAUUAUUAUUUCCAGUGUUACAGAAUCUACUUGAUAAUCAUACAAAUUAUGAAUUUACAUUGGAUAAUAUGGAUGAUCAAAAACAAAUCAAUAAUUUUAUCGAUUCAACUAAAGAUGAAAUGAAAUUUAUUGUCAAACAUGAGGAGGAAAUAAUUUCAGAUCAAAUUGUACGACAAUUGAUGGAUGAUAUAUUAAAUGAUUUAGAAUGUGAUGAACAAAUGAAUAAUUUAAUGGAUGAUUUAUUAGAUGCCGUUGAUAAUGGUCAAAAAUCUAUUGAUUUAUCAAAAAAAUCAUUACAACGUCCAACAACAUUAUCAUUGAAUAUCAUUGAUUAUCAAUCAAAUAAUCAACAAUUAUCAACAACAUUGGAUGGCCGAAAAUUAUCCAUAUUGGUUAAUCAAUGUUCAAUGAUACAGAAUGAUAUUAAUGUUGAACAUAAAUUUGAUCAUUCAAUAAAAUUAAUAGCAUCAACAUUAAUAUCACCAGAUACACCAAGAUCACAACAAAAAUAUCAGCAAUUAUUUCUUGAUGGUAACGCCUAUUCAAAUCUAGGUCUAAAAGUAUCAUUACGGCCAACAUAUUGUUGUAUAUAUCGUUUACAACCAAUGUAUGUUAUGCAAGAAGCAAAUCCACAAUUAUCAAUGUAUUCACAAUGGGCAACACAUCCCGUACCUGAAGGACACGUGUUACAUACACUUAAAUCACCUUGUCAAUUAUUAUCGGCAUAUGAUUCAAAUGAGGCGGUCUUUUACAAUCGCCAUCGAACAUCACCAUCAUCAUCAUCAUCAUUAUCCACAUUGUGGUAUUCAUCUUCGUUAAAACCGACAUUGACUACGGUAACUGCUGUAGAUAAAAACCAACCAAUAACAAUUGUUAAACAGGAGGAGCAACAACAGAAGUCAACAUCAAGUGAAACUAAGGGAUCCAUACAGGAAUUUCUUGAUACGAUUAAAUCACGUCUAAGUCAUAUGAUUACAAAUGAUGAUCAUGUUAGGUUGAAUAGUGAAAAUUUAUCCGAAAAAUUGACAUCGACAAUUAAAUUAACUGAACGAACAUUGAAGCAUAUUAUCUGGUCAAUCGAUUCCAGAAUUGUUGAUCGUAUUUGUGAUUCGAUCACACGUUUGCAUUAUAUAUCGACACAUUCGAAUUAUUAUCAAAAUCAACAGAAACGUAAAUCAAUAAAUCAAUUGAAUCGAAAUCAAAAUCGAAAUUCCACACGUGUAUCAUUUGCACUGAAUAAAAUAACAACAACAACAGCGACAACGACAAUAAAAUCAACAUUGAACAAUAUGAUUCUUGAUGAAUUGAAUGAAGCAACAACAACAACAACAAAAAUAAAUGAUGAAACGAUGAAAAGAAAAACAACAGAUUCAAUCAAUCAACAACAAUCAAUAACUAAUAGUUUAAUAAAUCCAUAUAUAACAAUGCAUCCAUUGCUUGGACAUUUAUCAGAUAAACAAGCUGUAAUGUAUAUAAUGAUGAUGUCAAAUAUAUCACCGAAUUUAGCUGUACCAACAGUACAACAGAUAAUGUCAUCAACAACAACAAAUCUAGCAUCAAGAAAAUUUUCCGAAUGUAUUGGUGUAAAACAAAAACAUUAUCAUUCAUUAAAUGAUUGUAAUGAUCAUCAUUGGCAUCGUUUAAUUGGACAUUCAUCAUCUAAUGAUGAUAUUUCCGCAUCAUUACCGAAAAGGAUUAAAAUUUUUGAAGGUGGUUUUAAAUCAAACGAAGAUUAUACCUAUAUACGUGGUCGUGGUCGUGGUAAAUAUGUUUGCGGUGAAUGUGGUAUACGUUGUAAAAAACCAUCAAUGUUAAAAAAACAUAUACGAACACAUACUGAUCUACGGCCAUAUUCAUGUCGUCAUUGUUCAUUUGCAUUCAAAACCAAAGGAAAUCUAACUAAACAUAUGAAAUCGAAAGCACAUCAUAAAAAAUGUGUUGAAUUAGGUAUAAUACCUGUACCAACUUGUAUCGAUGAUUCACAGAUCGAUUUAGAAGCAUUAGCUAAACAAGAACAAUAUGAAUUAAAUCGUUCCGAUUCAAAUUGUUCGAUCGAUGGUAACGGUGGUAAUAAUCGAUUAUCACAUUGUUCAAUUGGACGUUUUGGUGGUGGUGAUGAUGAUGAUGAAUUUGAUGAUGAUGAUAUGUUUGAUGAUGACGAUGAUGAUGAUGAUGAAGGUGUUCCAAUCGUACCAACCUGUAACGAAACGAAACAACAACAACAACUAGCAGUGAAUAGAUUAAACUAUGUAGAACCAGGACAAUUUGAUGAUGCUAUACAUGAUAAUAAUGAUGAUAAUUUAUUAAUCAAUUCAUCAAACAACAAUGAACAAAACGAGCAGCAGAAAAAAUCGUUGAAAUCAGAUAAUAAUCAAUCCGUUUCUUCUCAUUUAGCAAGACAAAGAAAAUUAUCCAUUAUCGAAACUGGACAAAAUCGUCCAAUCAUUUCAACAUCACAUUCAUUAUCUACAGCAAUGAUUGAAAAUAAUAAUAAUGAUUUUAAUGCAAAAAAUGAAAAUCAAUCUCAAACAGCACAGACAUCGACAACUGUAACAACAACAGUUGGUCAUAAUGAAAAUGAAGCCGAAGCUAUUCAUAGUCUAUUAAUAUUAUCGUCAGGUGCAACAACAUCGAAUCAUUGUCGAAGAUCACCAUUGUUAUUGGAUGGUCAUCCACAACAACAGCCAAAGUCAAAACUAAACGAAUUAAUUAUUCAAUCACAACCAACACUUGUUGCUUCAGCGCCAUUACCGCCAACAUCAUUAUCUUCAAUGCAACCAUUGACAGAUCUAAGUCAUUCAUCUAGCUUAUAUCCGGCAAUCGCUGUGACAGCAAAUCAACGAUCAACUAAGUUUAAACCAGAAUUUUAUGGCUAUGAUACGGCCUUAUUGAAACCGAUAAAUUCGAUUGAUUCUAUUAUGAAUAAAUCUGGAAUGAUGGUCAAUCGUCCAUCACCUCCACCAACUCUUUCACAACAAAUCCAACCACAGCCAAAUCAUUAUCAUCAACCAAUGAGCCAUCCAACAAGUGUUAUCAUCACUAAUCAUCAAUCAAUACAGCAUCAUCAUCCGACAUUGAAUACAAGCCCAAGAAAACGGAUUCGUACAUCAUCAUCGAGCGAUUCUUCGAUGGCAAUUGAAACUCCAAAAAUUAUUGUUUCACCUCCUGUAUUAUCCGAAAUAUCAUCACAAUUAAAACGAACCAGUCCUAUAAUCAUUUCGAAUGAAAGUCCAAAGACAAAUAUAGUUCAACAUCAAUCAUCCGGACAAAUUCUUGGUGAUGGUAUUAUCAGACAAUUAUCACCAUUAGUUUCCGAAACGUUGGUUAAAUCACCAAUAUCAAACACACCGAAUGAAUUAUCACAGAAAAAUUUUUCCAAUUUUCAACAACAAUCAUCAUCAUUACAGUCUGUUAAUUCAAAACCAAUGAUAAUGACAAAAUCACCGCAAUCGCUUGUAUAUCAUGGCCAACCAUCAAUAGUUGUCAGUGGUGAUCCUGUACAGUUUAUUCGACCAUCAUCAUCCGCAAAUUUUUGUACACCAUCAUUACCAUCGAUUGUGGAACAAUCAUUGAAUCGUUAUGUGGCUAAUAAUAAUCAAGAAUCUUCACAACAACAAUUCCAAACAUCAUCAUCAUUACAAGUUGAGCCCAUUGAUUUGUCAUCGAAAAAAACACCAUUAUCAAACAGUGGUAAUACACAACAACAAUCUCAAUCAAAUAAUGAUAAUAAUUUUGGAACACCUGAAAAGCUGAAACGAUCAUCACCAGCAUUUUUAUCAUCAAAUAUUUCAACAUUGCCAUCAUCAUCAUCACCCACUGCAAAAUCAUUGAAACAAUCAUCACCGCAACGGCAACAAUCAACAGCUAAAUUUGUCGAGCAUAUUCGACAAUCAUUUUCACCAUUAUCACAUAUGAUGAUCGAAACAUCAUCUUAUGGUAAUCAUCAUACCACAAAUGGUCAUCAAUUAUAUCAAAAUAUUCGCCGUGAUGAAUUUGCCCAUUUAACAUCCGGAAUUCAUUCACCACAUUCAUUACCACGUAUUAUAAUGAUGAAUCAUAAUGGUGGUGAAACGAAUAAUGAUAAAUCAUCAUCACCUGCUGGUUGUUCACAACAACAAUCUUCACCGCCAUUAAUAAAUACAAACAAUUCGGGAAUGGUAACUAUUGGUAAAAGUCCAACAAAACGUAUUGAUGGUGUUGAUGAUAAACCAACAUGUCCUACUUGUAUGAAACAAUUUAGUAAACCUGAACAAUUACGUUUACAUUAUAAAAUACAUUCAUUUGAACGUUUAUUUCGUUGUGAAUCAUGUGCUGUCAGUUUUCGUACAAAAGGUCAAUUACAAAAACAUGCACGUUCAGUAUCGCAUAUGAAUAAAUUAAAUAUGAGUAUAACAUUUGGUCGACCAUCAUCGGAUAAUCCACGUCCAUAUAAAUGUGCUGAUUGUAAAAUUGCAUUUCGUAUGCAUGGUCAUCUAGCUAAACAUUUACGUUCAAAAAUGCAUAUUAUGAAACUUGAAUGUUUAGGUAAAUUACCAUUCGGUAUGUAUGCCGAAAUGGAACGUAAGAAUAUUAAUCCAGGAUUAAUCGAUACUACCGAUUGUGGCCGUGCAUUAGAAACAUUACAAUCAUUAGCACAAAAAUUAUAUGAUCCAAGACAAAAAUGUUGGAAUAAAAAUGUCAUCAUUGUUGAUGAUGAUAAUGAAAAUUUUGAUAAUAAUAAUAAUAAUAAUGAUUUGAGUAACCAUGGAAAUGGAAGCAGUUGUAAUAAUAAUGAUGUUUGUUGUAAUCAAGAAGAUUCAAAUUCUGGUGCCAUAACUGAAGAAUUUGUAUACGAUGAUGGUGAUGAUGGUGAUUCAUCAUCAUCUAGUCAACAACAGAAAACUAAUGAUAUUCAAACAAUACAAACGAUUUCGUCAUCAUCAUCAUCAUCAAAUGAUAUGAUGAUAAUGAAUAAAACAUUGACCAUAUCAUCAUCGCAACAAAAAUCUUCCACAACAUUACAAUCAUCAUCAUCGAUCAAUUCACAGCCAAUACCAUCAUCGAAUUCAAAUCAACAAAUAAUAUCAUCAACAUUGAAUGGAACAAUUGCAGCAACACGUUCAAAUACAUGUCAUAUUUGUUUUCGUUUAUUUAAAGCCGCCAAAUUUCUUCAAGUUCAUCUUUACAGUGAUCAUGCUGAUGAAAUGAAUAAAAUCAAUAAUAAUAAUAUCAACAGCAGCACAAACAAUAAUAAUUGCGAAACAAUAACAAUGGUCAAUCAAUGAAAUGGAAAUGUUGUUUAUAAAAUAAACAAAA